AUGGGCACGGAGGGCAACGUCUUAGACAAGGCCAUGUCUCGCAAAGCCAAACUUCUUGAGGGCGCUUCGUCUGGAGCUGCCCAACAGACACGCAAACUGACUCGUAGGAAGAUCAAAUCGAAGAGCAUCCUCUGCGGCAUCAAACUCUCCGACGAGGAGUCAGCCCACCUCCGCAUGUUCAUGUCUGCAGACAUCGAGCAGUGUUUGUACAAUGCUAAGGUGGCUAUCCUCGUCAACGGUACACCAUCUAAUUGGUUGAAAGUUCGAAAGGGGCUUAGGCAAGGAGAUCUCCUCUCCCCCUUCCUUUUCCUGCUGGUCACUGACUGUCUCGCACGGAUGACUGAAACCGCCAGAGCAAACAAACUCCUAUGCAGCAUUGGACCUUCUGCUGAUUGCGAAACCAUCCUUAUCCAAUAUGCCGACGACACAAUAUUCUUCUGCGAACCUAGAAAAAACACUUUGCGCAACCUACGGUUCAUUUGGAAGCUAUUCGAAUGGGCAUCGGACCUUAAAAUCAGCAGAGACAAAUCGAAAUUCUACUUAGGUCUCCCCCUUCACUCCAAGAAGUUCAAGAAGGUGGACUGGACCCCUGUCAUCAACCGCAUCGACAAGCGGAUUGAAGGUUGGAAGGCAAAGCUACUAUCUCUAGGGGGAAGACUAACUUUAGUCAAUUCAGUCCUAACGAACUUGCCUCUGCACUACUUUACCGUCUUUAAGGUCCCCCCAUGGGUUAUUCAGAGCAUUGAGGCCCUGCGCAGGGCCUUCUUUUGGAAAGGAUGUAACAAAAUCAACCGGGAGGGCUUGCUUAGUUAA